AUGGCACCCGGCCUGGUCGAUCCUCAACCCGCCGUCGAGCCCUCACAGCAACGAAACCUCUCCUCCGUCACCGAGCAGUACGAAGAUACGUUGCGCUUCUAUCUAAACGGCACGAAGGUCGUGCUCGAUACUGCGGAUCCAGAGGUCACACUACUAGAGUACCUUCGAGGCAUUGGCUUGACGGGUACGAAGCUAGGCUGCGCAGAAGGAGGCUGCGGUGCCUGCACUGUGGUGGUAUCCCAGUACAACCCGACCACCAAGAAGAUAUACCAUGCGUCAGUGAAUGCGUGUUUGGCACCUCUAGUGUCAGUCGACGGAAAGCAUGUCAUCACAGUCGAAGGCAUUGGUAAUGUGAAGAGACCACACCCAGCACAGGAGCGAAUAGCCAAAGGCAAUGGAAGUCAGUGUGGCUUCUGCACGCCAGGCAUAGUGAUGAGCCUGUAUGCUUUACUGAGGAACACCGACGGUCCGUCAGAACACGAGGUCGAGGAGUCCUUCGAUGGCAACCUCUGCAGAUGUACCGGGUACCGUCCAAUCCUGGACGCAGCACAGACCUUCAGCUCAGCAAGAGGCUGUGGAAAGUCCACAAGCAAUGGCGGUGGUGGAUGCUGUAUGGAUGACCAAACAGACGGAGCAAAGGGAUGCUGUCAAGCUGGUGCCAAAGAUGAUGGUCAGCCAAUCAAGCGCUUCACGCCGCCUGGCUUCAUCGAAUACAACCCCGACACCGAGCUGAUCUUCCCGCCGCCGCUAAGACGACAUGAGUACAAGGCUUUAGCUUUUGGCAAUAAGCGUAAGCGGUGGUAUAGGCCUGUAACACUGCAACAACUACUGGAGAUCAAGAGUGCGUAUCCAUCAGCCAAGAUUAUAGGAGGCAGCACAGAAACCCAAAUCGAAGUGAAGUUCAAAGCUAUGCAGUACACUGUCUCUGUCUUUGUUGGCGACAUUCCAGAGCUGAGGCAAUGCAAUUUUGAAGAUGACUACGUCGAGAUUGGUGGUAAUAUCACGCUGACAGAUUUGGAGUAUCUUGCCGUGGAUGCCGUGGCGCAUUACGGCGAGAGAAGGGGCCAGCCAUUCUCUGCGAUCAACAAGCAGAUUAGAUACUUCGCUGGACGUCAGAUCAGAAACGUUGGCACACCUGCUGGUAAUCUCGCCACUGCUUCACCGAUAUCAGAUCUCAAUCCAGUGCUUCUGGCGACGAAUGCCACAAUCGUAGCACGGUCGCUUGACGAGACCAUCGAAAUACCCAUGACAGACUUCUUCAAGGCUUACCGAGUCACGGCGCUUCCUCCAGAUGCCAUUAUUGCCAGCAUACGGAUACCGGUGUUCAAUGAGAAGGGCGAAUACAUGCGAGCGUACAAGCAGUCGAAACGGAAAGAUGAUGAUAUUGCUAUUGUCAACGCUGCGCUCCGCGUGCAUCUCGAUGACGAUAAUGUCGUCAGGAAUUGCAGCCUUGUCUACGGCGGAAUGGCUCCUACCACUGUGGGCGCCAAAAAAGCUAUGGCGUUCCUCGAGGGCAAAGUGUUCACAGAUCCGAAGACAUUAGAAGGUGUCAUGAAUGCCCUCGAACAAGACUUCGAUCUACGCUUCGGUGUUCCGGGUGGCAUGGCAACAUAUCGCAAGUCACUAGCUCUCGGCUUCUUCUACAAGUUCUAUCAUGAGAUAUUGGCCGAGCUCAACCCAGAAGGUACAGAGAUCGAUCAAGACUGCCUUGCGGAAAUUGAGCGAGAGAUAUCGAAAGGCAGAAAGGACCAUGCUGCUGGCGUCGCUUACGAAAAGAAAGUCAUAGGCAAGGAGCAACCACAUGUGGCGGCAAUGAAGCAAAGCACAGGCGAAGCACAGUACACCGAUGAUAUCCCUGUGCAAAAGAACGAGCUUUAUGGCUGUCUGGUACUGAGCACAAAAGCGCAUGCCAAGAUCCUAGGUGUGGAUGCUUCCCCUGCCCUGGACGUCCCAGGAGUGUUCGAGUAUGUUGAUCACAACGACUUGCCGGAUCCUAAAGCCAAUUAUUGGGGUGCCCCGAACUGUGAUGAGACAUUCUUUGCAGUCGAUGAGGUAUUUACAGCUGGUCAGCCGAUCGGCUUGGUGCUCGCCACAUCCGCGAAACAAGCAGAAGCUGGUGCACGAGCUGUCAGAGUGGACUACGAAGAGCUUCCAGCGAUCUUCACGAUGGAAGAGGCGAUAGAAGCAAACAGCUUCUUCGAACACUAUCAUUACAUCAAUAAUGGCGAUGUUGACAGAGCGUUCGCCGGAGCUGACCACGUAUUUACCGGCAUAGCACGGAUGGGCGGGCAAGAGCACUUCUAUCUGGAGACCAAUGCAGCUGUAGCCAUACCUAAGCCGGAGGAUGGCGAGAUGGAGAUCUACAGCUCGACGCAGAACCCUUCAGAGACGCAAGCAUACGUUGCGCAAGUGACGGGCGUAGCGGCGAACAAGAUUGUGAGCAAAGUCAAGCGUCUGGGAGGUGGCUUCGGUGGGAAAGAGACUAGAUCUAUCCAGGUGGCAGGUAUCUGCGCGAUUGCAGCAAAGAAGACCAGGCGACCUGUAAGAAUGAUGCUGAGCCGUGACGAGGACAUCCUAACUUCUGGUCAACGGCAUCCAUUCUUGGCGAGGUGGAAGGUCGCUGUGAACAAGGACGGCAAGCUGCAAGCUCUGGACUGCGACAUCUUCAACAAUGGAGGUUGGUGUCAGGACCUAAGCGCAGCUGUUGUGGACAGAGCACUGAGUCACGUUGAUGGAGUCUACAAGAUCCCCAACGUGUUCGUGCGCGGAAGAGUGUGCAAGACGAAUACUGUCUCCAAUACUGCGUUCCGCGGAUUCGGAGGACCGCAGGGCAUGUUCAUAUGCGAAUCCUUCAUGGAGGAAGUGGCAGAUCGUCUGGAGAUGCCGAUCGAGGAGUUGAGAGAGAUAAACAUGUACAAGUCCGGUGAGAAGACGCACUUCAACCAGGAGCUCAAGGACUGGUACGUACCUCUAAUGUGGAAUCAGCUUCGCCAAGAAUGCGACUGGGAGCGUCGGACGCAAGAAGUGGCAGCCUUCAACGCGAAGAGCAAGUGGAAGAAGCGCGGCAUGGCUCUGAUACCGACCAAGUUCGGUAUCUCAUUCACUGCGCUGUUUCUCAAUCAAGCUGGCGCUCUAGUCCACAUAUACCACGACGGCAGCAUCCUCGUCGCACACGGUGGCACAGAAAUGGGACAAGGACUGCACACGAAGAUGACCAUGAUCGCUGCAGAAGCAUUAGGUGUCUCCCAAGAUGAUGUCUUCAUUUCCGAGACCGCCACGAACACAGUCGCCAACACAUCCUCGACAGCCGCAUCAGCUUCCUCCGACCUCAAUGGCUAUGCCAUCUGGAACGCCUGCGCUCAACUGAAUGAACGACUCGCACCAUAUCGAGAGAAGCUAGGCAAGGACGCCACCAUGAAGCAGCUCGCACAUGCCGCCUACUUCGACCGCGUCAAUCUCUCGGCCAACGGCUUCUACAAGACACCUGACAUCGGCUACGUCUGGGGCCCAAAUACCGGCCAAAUGUUCUUCUACUUCACUCAAGGCGUCGCUGCGGCCACUGUCGAAAUCGACACUCUGACGGGAGACUGGACCUGCCUCCGCGCUGACAUGAAAAUGGACGUAGGUCGCUCCAUCAACCCCGCCAUCGACUACGGACAAAUCGAAGGUGCCUUCAUCCAAGGUCUGGGCCUGUUCACAAUGGAGGAAUCGCUCUGGCAUAGAGGCAGUGGUCAGAUUUUCACGAAAGGUCCAGGGGCGUAUAAGAUCCCUGGCUUCAGGGAUGUACCUCAAGAGAUGAACAUUUCAUUGCUCAAGGAUGUCAAUUGGGAGAACCUGCGAACCAUACAGAGGAGUAGAGGAGUUGGAGAACCGCCUUUAUUCCUCGGGAGCGCGGUGUUCUUUGCGAUUAGGGACGCGCUAAAGGCGGCGAGGAAGCAGCAUGGAUGCGAAGAUGUACUGAGCCUUGUCAGUCCGGCUACGGUGGAACGCAUCAGAGUGAGCUGUGCAGAUCCCAUCAUAAAGAGGGCGCACGUGGAGCCGCAAGAGGGGGAGAAGAGUUUCUUCAUUUCGAUAUAA